GCCACCUUCCCCCCUGGCCAGGAGCGCAGCCGCCGCCGCCGCCGCCGCCGCGUCCUCUCUCAGCUUUGCGCUCCGCCCGCUGUCUCUGCCGCCGCAGCCCGGCCCAGGAGCGCAGAGCCCCGGGCACUGGCCCCGCAGCCUAUCCACCCUCUGGGCCGCGUGCCAGCUGCAACCGGCAUGGGGGGCCACUAACAGCGGACACUCCUUCCUCUGGCACCUCCCCGGGCCACUGGCCACUGGACCCCGGCCAGCGAGCCUCGGGCUCCUCUGGCCCCCAGUCCGGCGCCUGGCACGGCCCUCCGCUCUGCCCCUCCGGCUCUGAGCAUCGUGUCCCCGCCCCCCCCCCCCCGCCCGCGCCUGGGACACCUGGGUCCUCCGGCGGCCCCAAGGAGAGGGGCGGGGGGGGGGGCAUGAAGCCACUGGAGAAAUUUUUGAAGAAGCAGACGUCGCAGCUGGCGGGGCGAACGGUGGCGGGAGGUCCCGGCGGGGGUCCGGGGAGCUGCGGUGGGCCUGGCGGGAGCGGGGGACCUGGUGGGGGCGGCGGUCCAGCCGGGGGACUGCGGCCGCUGCAGCGGCGUCAGAGCGUGUCUCGCCUGCUGCUCCCCGCUUUCCUCCGGGAGCCCCCCGCCGAGCCGGGGCUGGAGCCGCCCCCUGAAGAGGAAGGGGGAGAGCCGGCGGGGGUCGCAGAGGAGCUCGGCAGCGGGGGGCCCUGUUGGCUGCAGCUUGAGGAGGUGCCAGGGCCCGGGCCGCUCGGGGGAGGGGGACCCCUGCGCUCGCCUUCCUCGUACUCCUCUGACGAGCUGUCCCCCGGCGAGCCCCUGACUUCCCCGCCCUGGGCCCCCCUGGGCGCCCCCGAGCGGCCAGAGCAUCUUCUGAACCGGGUUCUGGAGCGGCUCGCUGGAGGGGCCACCAGGGACAGCGCCGCCUCAGAUAUCCUGCUGGAUGACAUCGUCCUCACCCAUUCUCUCUUCCUCCCCACGGAGAAAUUUCUGCAGGAGCUACACCAGUACUUUGUUUGGGCAGGAGGCAUGGAGGGCCCCGAGGGGCUGGGUCGGAAGCAAGCCUGUCUAGCCAUGCUCCUUCAUUUCCUGGACACCUACCAGGGGCUGCUGCAGGAGGAAGAGGGGGCCGGCCGCAUCAUCAAGGAUCUGUACCUGCUGAUUAUGAAGGAUGAGUCCCUUUACCAGGACCUUCGAGAGGACACACUGAGGCUGCACCAGCUUGUGGAAACAGUGGAGCUAAAGAUCCCAGAGGAAAGCCAGCCGCCCAGCAAGCAGGUGAAGCCACUGUUCCGCCACUUCCGCCGGAUAGACUCUUGUCUGCAGACCCGAGUGGCCUUCCGGGGCUCUGAUGAGAUCUUCUGCCGGGUCUACAUGCCUGACCACUCUUACGUGACCAUACGCAGCCGCCUCUCAGCGUCAGUGCAGGACAUUCUGGGUUCUGUGACAGAGAAAUUGCAGUACUCAGAGGAGCCUGCAGGGCGCGAGGACUCGCUCAUCCUGGUAGCUGUGGCUUCCUCCGGAGAGAAGGUCCUUCUCCAGCCGACUGAAGACUGUGUCUUCACCACGCUGGGCAUCAACAGUCACCUGUUUGCCUGCACCCGCGACAGCUAUGAGGCGCUGAUGCCCCUCCCCGAGGAGAUCCAGGUCUCCCCUGGAGACACAGAGAUCCACCGAGUGGAGCCUGAGGACGUCGCCAACCACCUUACUGCCUUCCACUGGGAGCUGUUUCGAUGUGUGCACGAGCUGGAAUUCGUGGACUACGUGUUCCACGGGGAGCGCGGCCGCCGGGAGACGGCCAACCUGGAGCUGCUGCUGCAGCGCUGCAGCGAGGUCACGCACUGGGUGGCCACCGAGGUGUUGCUGUGCGAGGCCCCGGGCAAGCGCGCGCAACUGCUGAAGAAGUUCCUCAAGAUCGCGGCCAUCUGCAAGCAGAACCAGGACCUGCUGUCCUUCUACGCCGUGGUCAUGGGGCUGGACAACGCCGCUGUCAGCCGCCUGCGGCUCACCUGGGAGAAGCUGCCCGGGAAAUUCAAGAAUUUGUUCCGCAAAUUUGAGAACCUGACAGACCCCUGCAGGAACCACAAAAGCUACCGAGAAGUCAUCUCCAAGAUGAAACCUCCUGUGAUUCCCUUUGUGCCUCUGAUCCUCAAAGACCUGACUUUCCUGCAUGAGGGGAGUAAGACUCUUGUUGAUGGUUUGGUGAACAUUGAGAAGCUGGGCUCAUUUCUUGUCAUCUCCCAGCAUUCAGUGGCUGAAAAGGUGAGGACAAUCCGCAAAUACCGGAGCCGGCCCCUUUGCCUGGAUAUGGAGGCAUCCCCCCAUCACCUCCAGACCAAGGCCUAUGUGCGCCAGUUCCAGGUCAUCGACAACCAGAACCUCCUCUUCGAGCUCUCCUACAAGCUGGAGGCUAAUAGUCAGUGAGAACAGAGGUUCUGGU